AUGAUCUCUGACGCUCAAUUGAAUACUUUAGUACUGUCGUUUGGUGUUGUGAUGGUGGCCCUGAUCGCCUUAUAUCAUGGGAUCCAAUCUACGGUUGUGAACCAUAAGAAGCAAUCAUAG